CUUAUUUUGUAAAGGGAUUCUUGUUUAAACCUUUAAAUUCUCAAAAUUUACUAUUUUUGGCUAAUACCCUUUUUCAAUUAUGGAUUCUUGAAGUAGUUUUUUGGUACUUUUGCCUAGUUUUGAGCAGUUUUUUGUUGUUAUUUAGUCAAUUUUAUGUUUCAAAAAAACCCUCUUUAAGAACAAUUCUUGCAGAUUUAAUUGUUAGGGUAGUGUAAUUUGUUGUCAUUUUCUAAAAAAGAACACUUUUUUUUUUCAUUUCCCAAAUUGAAAGUUCACUUUUUUUCUUAAUAUAGCAAAUUACCUGUAAAGGGUUCUUGUUUAAACCUUUAAAUUCCUCAAAAUUUACUAUUUUUAGCUAAUACCCUUUUUCAAUAAUGGAUUCUUGAUUUUUUUUUUUUUUUUUGGUAGUUUUGUCUAGUUUUGAGCUUCUUUAUUAUUCAGUCAAUUUUACGUUUCAAAAGCUACCCUUAAGUUAAUUAUUUUUUCAGAUUUAAUUUAAAGUUCACUUUUUUUUUUUUAAUUUAGCAAAUUACCGAUAAAGGGUUCUUGUUUAAACCUUUAAAUUCUCAAAACUUACUAUUUUUGGCUUAUACCCUUUUGCAAUUAUGGAUUCUUGAUUUUUUUUUUUUGUUUGUUUGUUGCUUUUGCUUAGUUUGAGCUCUCUUAGUCAGUUUAAUGUUUCAAAAAGCUCUCUUUUAGUUCAUUAUUUUUAGAUUGUUAGGGUAGUGUAUUUUGUUGUCAUUUUCUCAAAAAGAACACUUUUUUUUUUCAUUUCCCAAAUUAGAAAGUUCAUUUUUUUCUUAAUUUAGCAUAUUUCCUAUAAAGGGUUCUUGUUUAAAUCUUUAAAUUCCUUCAAAAAUUUAGGGUUAGUGUAAUUUGUGUUCAUUUUCUUGAAAAUGGAACCCAAAUUUGUUUUCAUUUUCUUGAAAAUGGAACCCAAAUUUGUUUUCAUUUCCCAAAUUUAAAGUUCACUUCCCUUCCCCCCCCCCCCCCCCCCCCCCCCCUUAAUUUAGCAAAUUAUACUUACCCUUUAAUCUGUAAAGGGUUCUUGUUUAAGUACAUUUUUUGCAGAUUUAAUUGUUAGGGGUAGUGUAAUUUGUGUGAUUUUAUCGAAAAUGGAACCGAAUUCACCGGUUAGAUUCAAAUUAGGUAAACAAUCAUCAUUAGCACCAGAAAGGGAAGUAAUAGGAGGUGAAAAAGAGGAUAGUGAAUUUGUUAUUGAUCCGAGGGUAAGGUUGAUGUAUUCGGCGAAUGAGGGUGAUAUAGAAGGUAUAAAGGAGAUUUUGGAAUGUGGUACUGAUGUUAAUUUUAGAGAUAUUGAUAAGAGGACUGCACUUCAUGUUGCUGCUUGUCAAGGUUCAAGUGAUGUUGUGCAGUUGUUGCUUGAUAAUGGUGCUGAAGUCGAUCCGAAAGAUCGAUGGGGAAGCACGCCCCUGGCAGAUGCGAUACAUUAUAAAAAUCAUGCGGUGAUUAAGCUACUGGAGAAACAUGGUGCUAAGCCUCCAAUGGCUCCCAUGCAUGUUAACACUUGCCCUGAAGUUCCAGAAUAUGAGAUUGAUGCUAAAGAACUUGAUUUCACUAAUAGCGUUGAGUUGAGCAAGGGAACCUUCCAUAUUGCCUUAUGGCGUGGAAUACAAGUCGCUGUAAAAAAGUUUGGGGAGGAUGUGAUUGCUGAUGAGGAUAAAGUGAGCGCAUUUCGAGAUGAGCUUGCGUUGCUCCAGAAGAUACGACAUCCUAAUGUGGUCCAAUUUCUUGGUGCUGUAACACAAAGUAGUCCUAUGAUGAUAGUGACCGAAUACUUACCAAAGGGUGAUCUCCGUGAGUAUUUGAAUAGAAAAGGAGCGCUUAAACCAACUAAAGCUCUCAGAUUUGCAAUGGACAUCGCAAGGGGAAUGAACUAUCUGCAUGAAACUAAAGAAGCAAUUAUUCAUCGUGAUCUUGAGCCUUCAAAUAUUUUGCGGGAUGAUACCGGACAUCUGAAGGUUGCUGACUUUGGAGUAAGCAAGCUACUUAAAGUUACAAAAAGGGUCAAAGAAAACAAACCUCUGACGUACGAAGACAGUUAUCGCAGAUAUGUAGCUCCAGAGGUUUUCAAGAACGAGGAAUAUGAUACCAAAGUUGAUGUCUUUUCAUUUGCGUUAAUUUUACAAGAGAUGAUUGAAGGUUACCCCCCUUUCCAUUCGAAGGAAGAAAAUGAUAUACCUAAAUUAUAUGCUGCUAAAGAGCGCCCUCCUUUUAAAGCCCUGCCAAAGUUUUAUGCCCAUGGACUGAAAGAGCUGAUUGAAGAAUGUUGGAAUGAAAAGCCAGCCAAUCGUCCAAGUUUCAAGCAAAUUAUCCCAAGGCUCGAGUCCAUCUAUAAAAAGUUUGACCACAACAAGCGUUGGAAGGUAAUUAGACCUUUGAGAUGCUUUCAGCAUUUAGAGGCAAUGUGGAAGAAAGAUAGUUCAGAUUUAAGCAGCCGGAAUCAUUCAUCUCGGUCUACGCGUCACAUCUAGCAAGUUCUGGAAAUAAGCAAAAGUUCAUUUGCUCAAUCAACUGUGCAUAAAAGAGUGAUAAAGUUCUCCAUGGUUUAAAAUAAAAACUAUGAAGUAAAUACACGGAAGAAAUAUGUAGAGAGAAAAGAAAUAUGUAGAGAGAUAUCAUAUUAUAUUCCCUUUUUUCAAUUCUACAUAUGACCACUAUUUAUAGAGGAAAAUAUAUGCUUAUUGGCUAAGUAAAUCAGGACGAUCAGUUGACAAGACUAUUUUGAUCGUCCUGAUUUAAAUCUGAUAUGCUAAUUGAGUAUUAAAAACAUAUUGAAGAACUAGAAGAUUCUUCAAGAAUUUGUUUG